AUGGUACGCCGCGCACGCAGAGCCGAACCUCAGCAAAAUCCACCUCUCCCACGUGUGGUACAACGUCAUGAGAUACCUCAACUACCAGUCGCAUUCAUGGCAACAUACAUGUUAUCCAUGAUCGGUGGCGCAGCCGCAUAUUGGGCUUGUCAGCGUCUAACCCGCCCACCCGGAGAAACAACCGCAAUAGUGGUAAUCUGCAUGGCUUACAUCUGGGCGAAGUUUAUUUUGCAGGUUAUAUACAAGAACUACUUCUUGAGUGAAUGGACUACUAGAAUUUUUAUAUCUAGUGGGCUUGCGUGGCUUUUAUACCAUAUUUAUAGGAUUCAGAUGAUGGCUUAUGCUUUUGAUGACUGGAAGGCAGCUCAGGUGAAGAAAGAUUGA